UGUCUCAGUCUUCUUUUGAACGCCGCACAGCGCACAGCUCGCUGCCUCCAGCCUUAUAUAUAUAUAUAUAUCGGUCUCUUUCUCUCUCUCUCUCUAUAUAUAUGUAUAUAUCGCUUUGAUCGUACAUCUCGUGUGCUCGUGGCAAGCUACAAUUUCGAUUAAAUCAUUUUUCUCUUAUUUGAUAACACGACGCGUUUCGUUUUGGUGUUUAUAACGAGUUUUUUUUGGCUAUUGAAACAUAUUUCAAUUAAUUAAAACUUUACUAAAGCAUCAAGAUGAACGAUCUAUCGCCAGUGCAGGAAUACUACAAGGAUAAGACCAUCUUCAUCACGGGCGCAUCUGGCUUCAUGGGCAAGGUGCUGCUGGAGAAGCUGCUCUACUCAUGCCACUCGCUCAAGGAGGUGAUCAUCAUUUGCCGCCCGAAGCGCGGCAAGACGCCCGAGACCCGGCUCGAGGAGAUGUUCAAGCUGCCCAUCUUUCAGCGCAUUCGCGACGAGCGUCCGCACAUGCUCAAGAAGGUGACCAUCUACCAGGGCGAUGUGACCUACGAUUUGCUGGGCCUGAGCGGCGAUAGCCUCAAGCAUGUGGUGGAGAAUACGAAUAUUGUCUUCCACAUGGCGGCCACCCUGAAGCUGGAGGGCAAUCUGCGAGAUGCCAUCGACAUGAAUCUGAUGGGCACACAGCGUGCGCUGAAUGUGGCCAAGGAAAUGAAACAACUGGAGGCAUUUGUGCACCUGUCGACGGCAUUCUGCAACUGCGACCAGGAGGUGAUGUACGAGAAGGUCUACGAUUUUCCGCACAAGCCGGAGGAUCUGAUGCGCCUGGCCGAGUGGAUGGAUGUUAAGACCCUGGAUGCCAUUACACCCGAUCUAUUGAAGCCGCAUCCGAAUACCUACACCUAUUCGAAGCGCCUGGCUGAGCUGCUCGUGCGCGAUCAUUACGAAACCAUGCCGGUCAUCAUAGCACGUCCCAGCAUCGUUUCACCAUCGGCCUAUGAGCCCGUCCCUGGCUGGGUGGAUAAUCUGAAUGGCCCCACUGGUCUCAUGGUGGGCGCUGGCAAGGGCGUCAUUCGAUCCAUGCUCAUCGAUACGCGUCACAAAUCGGAGGUCAUACCGGUGGACUAUGCCAUCAACGGUCUAUGCGUCAUACCGUAUCAGUUUACAACGCAGAAACGGCCGGUGGAUGUGCCCGUCUAUAAUAUAACGUGCGCCGAUCAUCGCAAGAUGCAAUGGGGCGAAGUCAUUGAGCUGAGCAAAAAGAUUGGCUAUCAGUAUCCAAUGGAGGCGGGUCUCUGGUAUCCGGAUGGCUGCAUAACCACCAACAGACUCCAUCAUAAUAUCAAUGUGGUGCUCUUCCAUUGGCUGCCCGCCUAUUUGAUCGAUUUCAUGCUCUUCAUUUUGGGCCAAAAGCGCUUUAUGAUACGUGUACAGAAUCGCAUCUCAGUGGGAUUGGAGGUGCUGCAAUUCUUUACGAUGCGCGCCUGGUACUUUAAGUCGGAUGCCUAUGCCUCGCUCUGGAAUAUGCUGACAGAAGCCGAUCGGAAAAACUUCAACAUGGACAUGGAUCCAGAGGAAACAAUACCCAUGUACAUCGAAUCCUGUGUGCAAGGCGGUCGUCAGUAUUUGAUGAAGGAGUCGCCGGAGUCACUGCCACGUGCGCGUCGCCAGCUCAUGCUGAUGUAUCUAUUGGAUCGCGCGUGCAAGACGAUCAUCGUUGGUUUCCUAGGUUACUGGACGUAUGGCCUUAUCUCACGCCUUGGCUGGGUGGAUAACCUGAAUGGACCCACCGGCCUGAUGAUUGGCUGCGGCAAGGGCGUCAUUCGCUCGGUGCUGGUGAAUAAGGAAUACAAGGCUGAAGUUAUACCCGUGGACUAUGCAAUUAAUGGUCUCAUUGUUAUACCAUACGAAUUCAAUAAGCAGGCCAAGCGACCCGCCGAUGUGCCCGUCUAUAACAUAACAAACGCCGAUUUCAGAAAAAAGGCCAUGGGCGAAAUUGUUGAGAUAAGCAAGCGCAUCAACAAGGAGAUUCCAUUCAAUGCGGGACUCUGGUAUCCAGAUCCCUGUGUCACCACCAACGAGAUCUAUCACAAAUUCAAUGUGGCCAUGUUCCACUGGCUGCCAGCUUACCUGAUCGAUUUCCUAAUGCUAAUACUUGGACAGAAGCGAUUCAUGCUACGCGUACAGCAGAAGAUAUCCACUGGCCUGGGCGUUCUCCAGUUCUUUACGCUAAAUCCCUGGGUCUUCACAUCUGAUAACUAUGCCGGUCUCUGGAACAACUUGGCCGAGGAGGACAAAAAGAUCUUCAACAUGGACAUGAAUGUCACCCAUACAGAGGAGGAAUACUUGUAUGUUUGCGCGCGUGGCGCACGCAGAUUUAUACUCAAAGAAAAGGAUGAGGAUGUACCCAAAGCUCGUCUGCACAUGCGCAUUCAAUGGUUUGUGGAUGUCAUCUGCAAGACCCUCAUAGUCGGUGCCUUUUUCUACUAUUUGCUGAAGUGGACGGGUUUCGUUUUAAGUUUCCAAGGUUUUCCAAAUAAAUAUACAUAUUUAGGUUUUUUGUACUGUAGCCCGAGCGAGUUGUUUUUCUAUAAUUGCAAAUUUACGCCCGCUGUCGCGGAGCCGUUGCCGGGCUGGGUAGACAAUAUGAAUGGACCCACGGGCGUUUUGAUUGGCGCUGGCAAAGGUGUUAUUCGCUCCAUGAUCUGCAAUGGAGAGCUCAAAUCGGAGGUGAUACCGGUGGACAUAGCUAUCAAUGGACUGCUCUUGAUACCCUAUCAUAAUAGUCAAGCCAAGCAAAAAUCUCUUCAGAUACCUGUCUACAACUUAACUGUGGAGGAGGACAAGAAGCGCACAUGGAAAUGGGUUAUGGACGUGGGCCGCGAGCUGGGCCUUAAAUACCCAUUCGAGGUAGGCCUCUGGUAUCCCGAUGGCAAUAUGACGACCAACAAGUUCUAUCAUACCUUCUGCACCAUCAUGUUCAUGUGGCUGCCCGCCUAUAUCAUUGACUUCCUUCUGGCGCUUUUCGGACAACGUCGUUUCAUGGUUCGCGUUCAGACAAAGAUAUCGGUGGGUCUGGAAGUGCUGCAGUUCUUCACGACCCGCAGCUGGGAUUUCAAGUCAACACAUUUUCAGCAAAUCUACAAAGAUAUAUCUGAGGCAGAUCGUAAAAUUUUCAAAAUCAACACAGACGAUGUGGACGAUUACGAAUAUCUGAAGACUAGCAUUUUGGGCGGCCGUCAAUAUGUCAUGAAGGAGCCUAUGACCUCAUUGCCAAGAUCCCGCAUACAGCUGCGAUUUUUGUAUGUAUUGGAUCGCGUUUGCAAGACGGUUAUACUGUGCGGUCUAUUCUAUUGGACCUCCAUGAAACUGGGCCUGAUCGAUCUGGUGCGUUACGGCAUUUCGACAGUCAAACAUUGAACAAUAGACCGGAAACUGGAACUAUCAUGCUGGAUAUAUAUGUAUAUAAAUGAGGAAUGCAUUUUUGUAUAAUCGUGUAUUUUUUAGAUUUGGGUUGAAGUGGGUUAUGUUCAGACUUCAUGUAUACGUAAUUACCAUUAAAGUUGUAUAGAUAUUCUUAAGUAUAUAAACUGAAUUCAAUUUGAAUUGAUUUAUAUUAGGUAUAUAAGGUUUCGGUGUAAAUCUUAAUUAGUAAAUAUCACAAGAAACCAUAAAAAAUAUAUGAUAUCAAAUAUAAUAUACAUAUAUAUGAUUGGUUUCUGUAUCAGCAAAUAAAUCGUAUUCAAAUAAUGUUCAAGAUUA